GAUUGCGAAGGGCAGACCAAGCCCCGUCAUAAGAUGGAGAAGGCCUUGACCAGGGCAGGUUAGCGCUUGCCUAUUUGAUGAUGCGGUCUUAAGCGUCCACCCAAGAUUUGACAUUUGAGGCUUGCACAACUAACUUCUGGUCUUCAUCGUGUCUCCUUGUUCACUGUGCCAGCGAUCCCAGGUGUUCUUAUUCCAAAUUCAGAAGGUUACAAGAAAAGAGAAGGAGACAGCAAGCAUCAUGGUUGGAGGAAGAAGACGAGCGCUCGAUUCGACAGGGUCAUUCUACGGCAAUGGAAAGGGAACAAACAAGAACGACGAUGGUUACACUCGUUCCGAUCUAGAGGCUGCAUAUGGAUCAAUCAACAAGAUCAAGCCACGACAGAGGUUUCGCGAUGCUAUCACAAACACUAUCCAGGACAAUCGCACGGCGGAGAUGAAGAAGAAGCUUAUCGACAAUGUGGACCACGAGGCUCUAGAGAAGUACAGAAAAAGUGAGGAAAGCCUUAAAACGAUCAAGAACAAGAAAGUCCGGUCUUUCUACGAAGAGCAGAAUAACCGUCUUGAUGACUGGCUGGAGGUUGACAUGAUCGUUACCUCGCUUGCAGAUGACAUUCUAGACAGUAUGCAUCCAAGAGACACCGAUGGUGACGGUGUCGUUGAGGAACGCGGGCCGCUGGGCAAUAGUGGUGAGGCGCUGGAGCCCUUCCUGCCUGACGACGAACGCGAGAGGCGAGCAAAGUCAGCGAAGCAUGUGAGAUGGGCGAUCAACAUCAACGUCGCGGUCAACAUCUUACUGCUGGCUGCUAAAGGCGUCGCAGCCAUUUGGUCCAGCUCCCUUUCCCUCAUUGCCUCCCUUGUCGACUCGGCCCUUGAUCUUCUUUGUACUGUCAUCAUCUGGACCACCAAUAGGCUUGUGGGCUGGCGGCUCGACAAGCUCAAGAAGAAGUUCCCUGUCGGUCGUAGACGCCUCGAGCCCAUCGGUAUCCUCGUAUUCUCUAUCAUCAUGGUUAUCUCUUUCUUACAGAUCCUCCAAGAGUCAGUCAAGAAACUCUUGCCAAGUGGUGACCAUGAAGUAGCCACUCUUCCACCUGCCGCAAUUUUCUCCAUGGUUGCCACAAUCGUGGUCAAGGGCACUAUCUGGUUCGGUUGCGCAAGAGUUAAGACGACGCAGGUCCAGGCCCUGGCACAAGACUGCAAGACCGACGUCUACUUCAACACGCUCUCCCUACUGUUCCCGCUCAUCGGUCACCAAGUCGGCGUCUGGUGGCUUGACCCUGUCGGUGCCAGCAUCCUCUCUCUCUUCAUCAUCUACGACUGGGCAGGCACCUGUCUCGAGAACAUCACACGUUUGACCGGUGAAGCUGCCAGCGACCGUGUAGAGCGCAAGCUGAUGUUUAUGGCGUACCGCUUCGAGCCUCUUGUUGAGGGCUUUAAGAGCAUCAAGGCCUACCAUGCUGGAGACGGGGUGUGCGUUGAGGUCGACAUCUUGAUGAAAGAGGAUGCGCCAUUAAAUAGGGCUCAUGAUGUUGCGGAGACGCUGCAGUAUUGUCUGGAGGGGCUGAGUGAGGUGGAUAGGGCGUUUGUGACAGUCGAUUACAUGUCGCAAGGUCCUACAGGACACGGUCAGCAAGACGGCGAGUAAGCAUGCGUCGAGGGCGAGACCUCAUUUGAUGCCGGGUAAUGCAUAGCGGCACUUCUU